ACGCGGCCUCGCGAGAGCCGACCGAGGACGAGCGAAACAAAAAGAAAGAGUUAAGUCUACCAUAACCACAGCGCAUCUUUCUUUCUGAAAAACGCGCAUGCUUCUUGUUCUAGACUUCAACAAGCUACAGCUGCGUGGGUGAGUUGAAGAUCUCAUAGAAAAAAGUUUAGGAGGUGUUUGUCUAGGCUCAGGAACAGCGUUUCUGCACCGCUAAUUUUCGAUCUGGAACUAGAUCACGUACUUCUUGCACUAAUGUUCUGAGUCUUAUUAGUUCAUUUUUGUAUGAGUGAGAGCUUGAACUUGAUCAUGGCCGCAUCUCUACAUGAUGUAGUGCCAUGCGAACUCUCUUGGAAAUGUUUCUACCCCGUCUCUGUGCACCUAUCUUAGCAAUAGAAAAUCUAGAACUUGAACUCGAUAGUGAUCAUUUGUCACCAAGGAUGUGA